CGGUGAGCGGUGGAAACGGUCGGACGCGAAACUUGUGCGAUCAGUUCCGCGUGUGGUUGGUCAGACAGGAAAAGUGAUUCAUGCAGUUAGCGUUGCGUAACGUAACGACAAAAGUGUCGAUAGUAAGAUGAUCGAAAGCUACCCGGGACCUAGCGCACAUUAUUCUACGAAAUGUUUUCGGUUUGUCGAACGGUUUGCCUGCUAGCGGUCGCUCUGACGUUUGAAGUCGAUGCCGUCAGUUUGGUUGCGUAUAUUUCACAGUAUGGACUGCAUGGGGAGAUUUCAUUUUCACAGUAUUCUGAUCGUCAGGUACAGAUAGCAUCGGAUCUGGAAACAACGCUCCAGUACCCAGACCAAGCCUGGAGUUGGGGUGUGUAUCAGUUGCCUGUGGAUUAUACGGUUGUCGAUCCCGUAGAAAGAUGUGAUCUCAAAUCACUAGGAGAGCAGUUGUGGUCUUUCGACGAUGACUUGGGCUUUCUAACACUGCCUGGCAAUGAGUCUACGAGUUGGUUAAACGACAUUCAACUGACAGGAGAGAAAGGAUUGUGGGGAAAAUCGCUGGUACUGUUCGAUCCUAACAGUAAUUUCAGAAUCUGUGCAACAAUUACCACCAGAGAUGGAUCCCAAGACCAUAUUGCGGAGGCUAGGUUUAACAGCCCCAUCACAGGAUCCAUUUACUUUCGUUGGUUGGCAUCCAAGGAAACGCACCAUUCCGAUACGCUCAUCUACUCGAACCUUUUCCAUAUCAAAGAACAAUCAAGGAAAUUAAACAACCCCGACCUAACGGAACACUCGUGGAAAAUUUAUGUGACUGACAUUUUCGAAAAUGACGCCUCGAAUGUGGAAGAGAACUGCAACAAACUUCAGUUAGUUUUCGAUCCGCAAGUUCGUGGCGUUGGAAAAGCCGUUGGUGAUAUCGAUGUUCGACUGGGAAAUCUAAAAAUUACAACCAACUCACAAAAGCACAAGUACCGUCAGCUUUUCAACGAUAAAGAUCUCGUUGUGCUACCCAGUGACUUGUAUGGACCCUCUCGGAAGCUGUACGUGGUGAUCUUCGACCCAGUGCAUCCGGACACGUUUUUAGCGUGUGCCAAGAUUCGUCACCUCAAGGCGAAAUCCGCCCGGGCACUCGUCAACGGUGGCGGUAUGAAGGGCGAAAUCCGAUUUGUACAACGUUCCCGUUUUGAACCGACUUGGAUAAAUGCAUCGUUUUCGUCCAUCACCAACGACGAUUUUGCGAACGAGAACUACGCCAGAGAUGUCGCCGGUUUUCAAAUUAACCAAUUGCCACUGCGGGCGUAUUCGGCUAAUUCGGAUAGUUUUUGUCACAGUUCUGGAUCGGUGCUGAAUCCAAAUAAUAUCGAAGAAAAAACUGUGCCCCCACCUGGGUUUGGGACCCAAGACCAAUAUCCAGUCGGAGAUUUAAGUGGAAAGCUAACGAAUCGCAAUAAGAGAGAGAAACAUAACAUGUUUCUUCCUGGGACCAGUGCCGAGUUGAGUGGUUUCUACUGGGACACGUUCCUUCCACUUCAAGGAAAAAGCAGUAUCACGUUCAGAGGUUUCACCGUUCUGCGCUAUAACCGUACAAACCCUUCGAACAUUGGGCACAUUCCUUGGGCUUGUGGUCCCGUGACAUUAUACGAAAUGAACAGACCCUACCAGAUACCGAUCAUCACUGCGCAGGUGUUAUUCCGAUAUCCGAUAGUAGGACGAAUCGUGUUUCGUCAAGUUAGAGAUGAAUUCUGGAGCGAUACAGCAAUCAUUUUUGAAUAUCUGAUUCAUGCAGAUGGAGCAAACGUAAACAAUACUGCUGAUCACCGCUGGGGAAUUACGUUUGAUGCUCCGGGUAAGGAUUUCUACGAUUGGCAAAAUCGUUGCGUCAGUGCGGGUGCCAUCUACAAUCCACAGAAAGCGUCAUUCGGGACACAAAGUUGGGAGGAGAAAUGUACGGUUUCCUCGCUUGAGCUGUGUCGUGUUGGGGAUCUGUCCAGUCGACUUGGUACGCUGGAAAUAGCAGGAAACAAAGCCGACAGUCAACGGAUCAGUCGCAAGAUGUUCGUCGAUCAAAACCUCCCGUUGAGUGGCGCUUCCAGUGUACUGGGACGUUCGGUUGUAAUUUAUGAUGAUCACGGCCCGCAAGCCAGAGGGGAACGGUUGGCAUGCUCUGUAAUUGGAGGUUAUCAUAGACGCAAAGUUGUCGCCCGUGAUUGGUAUUCGAACGGAGAUCCUCUUACGAUCAAAGGAAAGUUGGAGAUGGUGCAACAGUCGGAGUAUGAGUUAACAAACACAGAAGUAGAUUUUAAGGGCUUGAUCGCGAACAGCGGUUACCAUGUGCAUGUUGCCCCCGUAGAAGGAGAUCUAGAAUUCCCAUGUGAAGAUUCAUCUGUGUAUGGUCAUUGGAAUCCACGGGACAUCGACCCGAAACAGUCGCCACCGCCUGCUAUGGGUAGUACCGAUCAGUAUGAAAUUGGAGACCUCAGCGGAAAGUUUGGAACACUGGAUGGCGUUUCGAUGUUCGAGCAGAACUACAAUGAUUCACGGUUACCAUUGUUUGGGUACGAGAGCAUCAUCGGCAGAUCAAUCGUCGUACAUAAGAAGGAGCGGAACCGCCGCUGGGCCUGUAGUACUUUGGAGCGGGGAUACAGCCCAAGCGAAGCAAGAGAAAUUCGUGCGAUUGCAUCCUUUCAUCAUCCAGCUGGAUAUGCGUAUGGUUACAUCCGGAUGACUCAAUUGAUUGGCAACGAUGGCAGUCAAAGUGACACGAUAAUCGAAGUGAAACUUCGAUACCCAGGCAAGCACGAUCGCAAUGUGACAUACAACCAUAACUGGAACAUUUGGGUUAACCCGGUCGGGGUUGAUGCUACUGUGAAGCAGGUUGAAACCCGAUGCGUAGCAGCGGGUUACGUUUGGAAUCCCUAUUAUACGCAACUUGCCGAUCCCUUGAACCAAGAUCUUUACCGUCAAGAAUGUGGACCAGACAACCCGCUCCGGUGUUACGUUGGCGAUGUUUCCGCUAGAUUGGGUCCCAUAAACAUCGGUAGCCGCCGAAUGGUGUUCACCGAUGGUAACUUCCCUCUAGAGGGCCCGGUCAGUGCGUUGGGACGAUCAAUUGUAGUGUUCGGUCCAGAACUGGCAACAUAUCGGUUCGCUUGUGCAAAAAUUGAACCGGAUCACGACAUCGUCAAGUAUAUUAACCUCAAAAAACCUCCAAGGUUUGUAGUUGCUCAAUUUCUCGAGGAAGUCCGCUCCGUAAUGGGGCUACCAGAGUGGAUGCUGGCAAUCGAUUCCCGGAGCACGAAAACUUUACAUAAUGAUGCGUGCAUUCAGAUGAUAGUCCAUUUCAAGGGGCCCAGUGCGCACCAAAUUGAACAGGAUUUCUCCAAACUGCUUGCAAUUGGCAGACUUGACCAGCCAAGUAUUGCCAUUCCCGGAUACGUGAAUCCAAAGCGAAAGAAAAAUUUAUCGUAUCGAACUUGUGGAGUGCGUGAUCCCACACUUAAGGGUGAAAAGGGUUUCUUCAGUGGAUCAAAUCCGAUCAAAUACACCGCAAUAUUGAUGGCUUUGCCAUGGCUAGCUUAUUGGAUGGUAUAAGAUGUCUAUCAAAACUUGUGAUACAAUGUUAAUACUCAGAAUGCUCAUUGUGUGAAUCUUAAGUGUGGUAAAAAAUUAUAAUUAAAGAACUCAUCCCAGCUUCAAUCCACUGAUCAAAUUUGAUUUGGCAUAAGAUGAGCAACCGAAUGCUAAGUAAAAAUAAUAACAAAAAUCGCUUCGACAUGUUAGUGAAUAGUAUUUCGUCCCUCUUUAGAUUCGUUUUGAAAUUAAAUACUGCAAAAUCACCAAAACAAUUAUAUACU